AUGACGCAAAAAGAGUUGAAUUUGAGACAGCUUAUAUGGGUUGAGUUGUUGAAAAACUAUAAUUGUGUGAUUGAUUACCACCCAGGGAAGGCAAAUGUAGUUGUCGACGCGUUGAGCAGAAAGCCGAUGUCAAAAUUGAGGGUGUUGUUAGCAUGCCUGAGAUUAUCUAAGGAUGAUGGGUUAUUAGCCAAGUUACGAGUAGAACCUGAGUUUGUGAGCGAGUUUAAAAGAUUACAGAUCUCUGAUAGCCAUCUAAGGGAUCAUGUGGGAACAUUUUAUGAUUUUUUUGGACUGCUUUUGAUUUUUUCCCCCUCAAAUUUUAAUUUUGUAGGUUUGCUUCAUCCUAAUUAUAGUAAGCUAUCUUUUCAGCUAAACAAAUACCAAAGAACUAGACUUGCUUGUUAUAAGCCAAAUGGAUCGACUUCUGAGAAGAUUUCUAGAGGAAGUUCUCGUAGGAAGCCUUGUACAAGCAGGCAUGUUGUGUCCAUAAGAAGUAACCGUCAUCGAUUGAGUUUCGACAAUGAAUUACCCGAGGAACCUUUCUUGCUAAGUCUGAUUAGGGAAACCAUAUGGGGCUUAAGAUCUUUGUCUGUAUUUCUGGUUGAGCAACCUAGUCAACUGAAAUACAUAGAAUGGCCAAGCUUUGUAAGCACGCUGAAGACUGCUAUUUUAACUCUUGUUCUAGUUGCCGGGCUCAUCGUUGCACUAGCAUCAGUUGACUCCCUCUGCUAUAUUUUAGCUUUGUUGCUCAGAAGAACCCCUUAAUAAUUGAAUUAUUCCCUCAAAACACCUUUGAUGAUAUAUAUUCCUUGGAUGUUGCA